UUUCAAGAUCGAUUCAUCGAUACAACAUUAAGACAGUAAAAUAGGGAAAGGCAGCAAGGUGAAGCGUAGAACAUUAUUGACAGGAUGGCGACUGUUGCAUGUAGAGCACUUGCGAAAUCAGCCAGUAACCAUUAUAAUCACCUAGUUUCAAAAAUAAAAGGCAGUAUCUUGUAUAAUUAUGUUCCUCAACGAAAUCUGAAUCUCCAUGAGCAUAUUAGUUUAGGAUUACUAGCAAGUGCUGGAGUAAAAGUUCCUAAAUUUGGUGUGGCCAGAACUCCAGAUGAAGCUGAAGAAGCUGCAGAAAAACUGGGUAGCAAAGAUUUUGUUGUUAAAGCUCAAGUUCUGGCUGGUGGUAGAGGUAAAGGUGUCUUUGAAGGAGGCCUUAAAGGUGGUGUGAAAACAGCAUAUUCCCCUCAGGAAGCCAAAGAAUUAGCAGCACAAAUGUUGGGUAAACGAUUGGUAACAAAACAGACUGGAGAAAAGGGAGUCUUAUGUAAAGAAGUUAUGAUUGCUGAAAGACUGUAUACAAGAAGGGAAUAUUAUUUUGCAAUAAUGAUGGAAAGAGAUUUUGGGGGUCCAGUGAUUAUUGCUAGCUCCCAAGGAGGUGUGAACAUUGAAGAAGUUGCCAGAGAUAAUCCAGAAGCAAUUAUAAAGGAACCUAUUGAUAUUAUGACAGGUCUUUCAUCUAAUCAAGCUCUAAAAGUGGCUAAAUAUCUUGGAUUCAAGCAAAAUAAUAUAAAUCAGGUAUGA